GCACCUGACUUGCUGGAUCCCAAAUCGGCCACUCAGAACUCCAAACCGAGAUUAUCAUUUUCCACCAAGCCUACAGUGCUCUCUUCACGGGAGGAAAGUGAUUCAGCUAUUAAUGUUAUGAAAUGGAAGACAGUCUCAACAAUUUUUCUGGUGGUAGUCGUGUACUUAAUAAUUGGAGCAACAGUAUUUAAAGCCCUGGAGCAGCCUCAUGAGACCUCCCAGAAAACCACCAUUGUGAUUCAGAAGCAGACGUUUGUAUCUCAGCAUUCCUGUGUGAAUGCAACAGAGCUUGAUGAACUGAUUCAGCAAGUAGUGGCAGCAAUAAAUGCAGGAAUCAUACCUUUAGGAAACACAUCUACUCAGAUCAGUCACUGGGACUUGGGAAGUUCCUUCUUCUUUGCUGGCACUGUUAUUACCACCAUAGGCUUUGGAAACAUCUCCCCACGCACACAAGGUGGAAAGAUAUUCUGUAUCAUCUAUGCCUUACUGGGAAUUCCUCUGUUUGGUUUUCUGUUGGCUGGUGUUGGAGACCAACUAGGGACGAUCUUUGGAAAAGGAAUUGCCAAAGUAGAAGACACCUUUGUUAAAUGGAAUGUGAGUCAGACAAAGAUUCGCAUAAUUUCAACAAUUAUAUUCAUACUAUUUGGCUGCGUGCUGUUUGUUGCUCUUCCUGCAGUUAUAUUCAAGCACAUAGAAGGCUGGAGCACACUAGAUGCAAUUUAUUUUGUGGUUAUCACUUUAACUACCAUUGGAUUUGGUGACUAUGUUGCAGGGGGAUCAGAUAUUGAGUACCUAGAUUUUUAUAAGCCAGUGGUGUGGUUCUGGAUCCUUGUUGGGCUAGCUUACUUUGCAGCUGUACUCAGCAUGAUUGGAGACUGGCUAAGAGUCAUAUCUAAAAAGACAAAGGAAGAG